UACCUUUGUAAAGAUUCUUCACCAAUUUCAGCGCAAUGUCUACCUCGGUCAUAUUUCUCCUGCUACGUCCAACAUCAUCGAAUUCUUCCCUUCCGCCAGUUACACUCAUAAAUGAAUAGGGACCAAACAUCGGGCCUGGAAGAUAUCCAUUUUUUCCAUAAGUUGAGCUUUUCACAUUGUCUCCAUCUUGAAUCUUACCAGAGUAGAAGAUUGAAUUGGGAAAACAGCUUAUCAAUGGAUGCAUCCUGUAUUGUAUAUUCAGGAGGUGCACAGGGUGCCCUAGCAAAGUUAGCCUUUCAAAAAGGCUCCUUCCGAACUCAGCUUCACUACAAGCCUGUGGAAAAGGAAAGGAAAUUUUGAAUGGCAUGCCUGAUACCAGGCAAUUGCAGAGGUAUUGCGGAUUCACAUUCUUUCAGUUGUGCAGCUUCAUCAAUCAC